AUGCAUACAACCUCUCUUUUGUCCGAAAAUACAGAAUCCGAAAUCGGAUCGACCACACCAGUGGAAACCAGCAGCCGAAUUCAAACGUAUACCACAACUGAACAACUGCACACAACAUCUACACAAACAACGGCUUCUCCACCAACACCAAUACAAACAACCGAAAAUACUCAAACCACAACCACACACAUAGACACGACAAACACGAACGCGAACACACCCGAACACACCAUCGCGUCCACAUACUCAACACCGGCCAUCUCAUCCACACAACAAUCAGCAGCAUCAGCAUACACAACAGCACGAACAUCGACAGCGGCAUUCAGCGUGCAAUCUACUCACACAUCUUCCCAAGCACAAACAAAUACUGGCACCAAUAUCCCAUCCACAACAACUCCGAUCACAUCCAAUUGGGCUUCAACUAUCACUUCCUCACCCACCAUCUCCACACUGGAACCCAGAUCAACCAUAACACCGAGCUAUGCCAGUCCCACUUCAUCCGAAUAUCAAUCCGAGACAUCGUGGACCAAUGCUGUGCAAACCGAGAUCACUACCAACACUGGCACUAUCGCAUCCGGCGACCAAGGUCAAACAGUAUUGCGUGCGGUGAUGGAGCUGGGUCAAGCUGGAGCAAGCGCUCAAAACGAUUUGAAUGAACAUCAGACGGGCAAGCGGGGUGACAUGCAAGUGGUGGCUGAAAUGCCGUGCGAAGUAAGGUCAAUCACGGUGCGCUCGUAA